AUGUUCAUGUUUGUACAUACAUAUACAUGCGCAUCCACCACCACAUUCUUUACUCCACAUAGUCGCUUGGAACUGAAACUCUUGCGCCCCUCUUGCCUUUGCGCAUUAGACUCUUGUUUCGGCGACUGACUCUGCUUCCCAGCACACCAUGUCUAAGCUAUCGCCAUCCCUCAAGUCGCUCAUCAACGCCGCACACUCGCGCCCAGGCCCCGUGCCGGCGCCCGCAGGAAUCCAAGGCAUAUACAACCGGAUAGAAAAAGAAGCCACAGACCGCAAGCUGGGACGCCCAUCAUGGCUCAGCAUAUCCACAGCCGCAACAAUGACCAUGAACUCGCCCGAAUCCAUGAUUGCCCUCUACCAUAGCUCGAGCAAAUCACGCCCAGAAAGUGAAAGCGUUGCAAUCGCGGAAUUUAUGCGCGAAAUCGGCCUCAAGUGUAUCGGUUUCAACGGCAUUCCCCGCACAAUCAAUAUGCUAAACGCCUUCCGUGCGGCUCUCCCAGCCUCAGUUGCAUCAUCGCUGAAUAAAACACCUACGCGCUUUCCCGACCCCUCCAACGUUGAGCAAAUAAACAAGCGUGGUCGUGAACUCUGGAACGCAAUCUACCGCCCUCUGGAAACAAAACUUGAACAGAAGCUUGGAGAAGCGCACCCGGAUUUACCCGUCUUCAUCAUAAACAGCGAGUACGGAGGCCUCUUUACCGAUCCCCCGCGCAACCAAGGUGCAACCGUAGGACGCAUCACGACGAGCUUGAUUGCUAUAACGUGUUUGAGAGCGCAACAGGGUGUCGGUCCACAAGUACUCAGCCAUGUCUUCGGAUUGAGGAAAUCAUGGGAAGAUGGAACCUGGAAGCAAGAACCCGAAGCAGGCGAGGAAGAAGGAAUCAAGUGGCUAGUUAGUGACGAGGGAUGUACAUGGGUGUUGGAGAAGGUGGAUGAGCUUGUACAAGAAUUGGGUGGUGGACAGGGAAGCACUUUUGCGCCUGUCAAGGCGAAGUUGUAAGGUUGAGGAAGUAUGUGGAUUGUUAUAUAUAUACCCCGGUAUCGUUGACUCGACAUCUCUAGCUCGUAUGCAUAUGUAACUCAUGUUUUCCUUCACCCACUUCCAGAAAUGUUGGCAUUAAAUGGCUCAGCAAUGGAAACCUGACCCGCUGCUGCUGUAUCCAGCCCAAUAUUCG